AUGGACCUGCUCGCGAUCGCUCGCUACUACGUCGACAGGAUGUUGACGGAGGUGUCCGGCAUGAAGGCCCUGCUGCUGGACGCCGAGACCACCCAGUCCAUCAGCGGGGUGUACAGCCAGACUGACAUCAUGAACCAGGAGGUGUACCUGGUGGAGAAGCUGGAGGCCAACAAGACGGACAAGCUGCCCCACCUCAAAGCGGUGUGCUUCCUGCGCCCCACCCGCGAGAACAUUGCUCGGCUGCGGCGCGAGCUCCGCGAUCCCCGCUUCGGAGGCUACCACCUCUUCUUCACCAACCGUGCCGAGGACCUGCGGCUGCAGGACCUGGCCGAGCUAGACACCAAGGAGGCGGUGCUGUCGGUGCAGGAGUACUUCACCGACUUCGUCGCGCUGGCCGGCCACCACUUUGCCGUCCCCCUGGCGAGGCCCCACGUCGUGCUGGAGCCCUGCGAGUGGGAGUACGGCGCCAGCAGCGAGGCCAUCGCGCGCAUGACGGACGGCCUGGCCGCGCUGGCGCUGUCGCUGCGGCGCCACCUGUCCAUCCGGUACCAGGCCGGGUCGGAGGUGGCGGAGCGCCUGGGCGCCAGCCUGCGGCACCUGGUGGAGCACGAGGAGCGCGAGCUGUUCGGCUUCGGGGUGCGGGGCGGCGACGGCGCGCCCGUCCUGCUGUUGCUGGACAGGAGGGACGACCCGGUGACCCCGCUGCUCUCCCAGGUAAGGGGAGAGGAGGAGGGGCGGGUGUGGACCUACCAGGCCAUGCUGCACGAGGUACUGGGCAUCGUCGGGGGGUGCGUGGACGUCCCCGGGGUCCCCGGGGUCAAGCCCGAGUUUGCGCGGGCCUGGACCUACCCGGCCAUGCUGCACGAGGUACUGGGCAUCGUCGGGGGGUGCGUGGACCUUCGCCACGUCCCCGGGGUCAAGCCCGAGUUUGCGCGGGCCGUGCUGUCCACCGCCGCAGACCCCUUCUUCGCCAAGCACGCGGGCAGCAACUUUGGGGAGGUGGGCGUCGCCGUCAAGCAGCUGGUGGAUGACCUGGCGGGCGAGCAGCGGGCGGGGCGGGACCUGGCCAGCAUCGAGGCCAUGAGCGCCUUUGUGGAGAACCUGGGGUCUCUCUCGCACCAGCAGGGCGUGGCAUACAAGCACGUGACGCUGAUGGGCGAGCUGAGCGCCGCGGUGGAGGCGCGCGGGCUCAUGGCGGUGUCCGAGGUCGAGCAGGAGCUGGCCUGCGCCGGCGCGGCGCUGGGCGCGCACGCCGAGGCCGUGCGCCGCGCGGUCGGCGACCCCGCCCACGCGCCCGACGACUGGCUGCGCCUGGCUGCGCUGUUCGCGCUGCGCUACGAGCGCGACGGCGGGCCGCAGGCCGCGGCGCUGGCGCAGCAGCUGCGCGAGGCGGGGGUGCCGCGCGAGCGCGUCGCGCUGCUGGGCACGCUGCUGGCGCGCUGCGGCGCCAAGGAGCGCGUGUCCGACCUGUUCCAGGACCGCACGUUGUCCUCACGCUUUGCGGUGCUCGCCAAGCAGCACAUCAAGGGCGUGGAGAAUGUGUACACGCAGCAUGUGCCGCCGCUGGUGGGCACCCUGGAGCGGCUGGCCAAGGGCAAGCUGUCGGAGGCGGAGUACCCCGCCGCGGACCGCGCAGCGGGGGCUGGGCCGCCGCCGCCGCCGCCGCGCCUCAUCGUGGCCUUCGUCGUGGGCGGGACCACGUACGAGGAGGCGGCCGCCGUGGCGGGGCUCAACGCGGCGGCGGCGAAGGGGGAGGGGCCGCUGCCGCCGGGGACCAGAGUGCUCCUGGGCGGCACUGGGGUGCAGAACAGCAGCUCCUUCCUGCGGGACCUGGCGGAGGAGCUCAUGGCUGGAAGCCUGGCCGGCAUCACCGGGAAGACGUGCGUGGCACCCCUGGAGCGCGCCAAGAUCCUGUUCCAGACGGGUCGCCUGACCUCGGGCAGCCUGGCUGCAACCCUGGCCGCCAUCUACCGGCACGAGGGUUUCUCGGGCCUGUUCAGGGGGAACGGCGCGAGCGUGCUGCGCAUCGUGCCCUACUCCGCCAUCCACUUCACGGCCUACGAGCACUACCGCCGCCUGCUGGUGGAGCACACACUUCCACCGAAAGCCCCUCCCGCCCGGGCGCGGCUGGGCAUCGGCGCCAUGCUGGCGACCACGCUGCGGCACGAGGGCCUGCGCGGCGCCUACCACGGCGUGGGCGCCUCCAUGUACGGCAUCCUGCCCUACGCCGGGCUCAAGUUUUACGUGUACCAGAGCCUGAAGCAGCAGUACCACCACCGGGCCGCCGGCGGCAGUACUGCCGCCGGCGACGGUACUGCCGCCGGCUCUACGCCCAACCCAGGGGCCGCCCACCCGCGCCUCCCCGUCCCCGUCAUGCUCACGUUUGGCGGGCUGGCGGGGCUGGUGGCGCAGACGGCGACCUACCCCUUUGAUGUUGUGCGGCGGCGCAUGCAGGUGGAGGCGCUGCAGCUGGAAAGCCUGCACGCGGGCAUGACGGGGCGGCUGUCCACGGGAGGCCUGGCUCUGCGCUCCACGCCGCAGGCCCUUCUGCUCAUCGCGCGCGUGCAGGGCUGGCGCACGCUGUUCGUGGGGCUGAGCAUCAACUACCUCAAGGUCGUCCCCUCCACCGCCAUCGGCUUCACGGUGUACGACCACAUGAAACACCUUCUGGCUCUUCCUUCCAACCUCUGA